AUGUCGGCAGCAGGUCCAGAUGAAACGUGGAGCAAGUGCGGGGCUUGCGGGCGACGCGAGCACAACGCGAUCUUCGUCGAGCGAGACAGACGGCGCAAGUGCGGCAGGCAAGUGGAGCUCUUCAAGCCGAAGAAGCCCGCCAGCGCCGGCACCGCGCGGUCCAACGAGCUGAAGAACGAUCCCCUGCUGAAGAAGCUGCUGAGCGACGAGAUCGCCAAGCCCCAGACGCCCCAGGCCACGCCUCCUCAGAGCCAGGGGGAGGCGCUGCGGCGCGCCUCAGGAGCGUGGAGGGAUGCGUCGCUCAAGCACGACCAGGCGAUCAACGCAGCGGUCAAGGUGCAGGCGGCCUGGCACCUGGCGGCGCAGGGCAUGGCCGCGAAGAAGGGCCUCGUCGGCUGCAGCGAGGCUUCGAAGGAGGAAGUGAAGGGGGUACUCUUCGAAGUGAGGGGCUGCGCAGCGCGCAAGCACUCGCAGGUCAAGUCCUGGAACGAGAGGGCGACGGCCCUGCGGGCCAAGAUCGACCAGCGGCUCAGCAAGAAGAGGCGGCAGGACGGCGACGACGCGGUCGCGGGCGGCGGGCGCGCCGCGGGCGGCAGCGGCGGCGCUGCUGCAGGCGCCUCAGGCGCGAGCGGCGGCCCGGCGGCCCCAGCGGCAGGGGCGGCGGCGCGUGGCGCCGCAGGCGGCGUCGCCAAGGCCGACGCCGCCAGCGCCGAGGCGCAGCGCGCGCAGGAGGCUGCCGACCGCAUCAGCGCGGCCAAGCUUGCGGCGGCGCGCGCGGCGAAGCAGGCGCAUGAGGUUGCCGCGCAGACGGCCGCGGCGGCGGCUG